AUGAUGCUCGCCCCGAGAAGAGGGACGGCCGCCGCGGCGCUCCCCCUGCGGACGGGCUGUGCGUGCCCGCGCGGCGCUCAGAGGCCCCCGCCGUUUAGCUCGACGGCGGCGGCGAGGGCCGACUUUACACACGUGGUCAUCGGCGGCGGCGUCGUGGGGCUCGCCGUCGCGCGGCAGCUGGCCCUCCGGGGCGAGGCAGGGGCAUCAUCGUCGUCGGCGACGACGACGCUGCUGCUCGAGCGGCACGGCGCGGUGGGCACGGAGACGAGCUCGCGCAACAGCGAGGUGAUCCACGCGGGCAUCUACUACGGGGCGGCGACGCUCAAGGCGCGGCUGUGCGUGCGCGGCAAGGAGCUGCUGUACGGCUUCUGCGCGCGGCACGGCGUCGGCCACCGCCGCACGGGCAAGUGGAUCGUCGCGCAGACGCACGCCCAGCGCGAGGCCCUCGAGCGCAUCGAGCGUCUCUGCAAUGGUGGUGGAGGGCUCGGCGUCCCCGUGCGCUGGGUUGCCGAUGCCGAGGUGCGGCGCGACGGCGAGGGCGUGCGCGCCGAGGCGGGGGCGCUGGAGAGCCCGACGACGGGCAUCGUCGACGCGCACGGCCUCAUGGUCGCGCUGCAGGGCCUGUUUGAGGAUGUGGGCGGCGUCGUGGCGCUCAACUCGCCCGUCACGGCCAUUGCGCCGCUGGGGUCGUCCGGGUCCCGGUCCGGGUCGGGGUCCAGCGCCGGCGCCGGCAGCGGAUCCGGCGACUCGGCAUCAUCACCAUCACCGUUACCGUCAUCGUCUCCGCCCCCGGGCAGCGCCGGGUGGGAGCUCACCGUGCGCGACGCCGCCACGGGGGAGACGUCGACCGUCACCGCCGAGACCAUCAUCAACGCGGCCGGCCUCGGCGCCGCCGACGUGCACAACAUGAUCGCCGUGCCCGCGGGACGGCCUCCCCCCGCGCGCCUCUACUACGCCAAGGGCAACUACUUCUCGUACGCGGGCCCGCGCCCGCGCCUCUCGCGCCUCAUCUACCCAGCCCCCGAGCCCGGCGCGGCCGGCCUCGGCACGCACCUGACGCUCGACCUCGCGGGCCGCAUGCGCUUCGGCCCGGACGUCGAGUGGGUCGACUCCCCGGACGACCUCGCCGUCGGCGGCGCCAACAACGCACGCCUGGCCGCCGCCGUCGCCGAGAUACAUAAGUACCUGCCGGGCGUCGACCCCGCGUGCCUGACCCCCGACUACGCCGGCAUCCGCCCCAAGCUCAGCCCACGCGGCGCCGUCGGCGCGGGCGGCGGUGGGUUCAACGACUUCGUCAUACGCAUCGAGGACGGGUUCGCCGGCUGGGUGAACCUCCUCGGCAUCGAGAGCCCCGGGCUGACGAGCAGCCUGGCCAUUGGCGAGGAGGUGGAGAGGCUGCUCUAUGGGAGCGUGACCCCCUCGUGA